AUGGCUCGCCUACUUCCCUCAGAAAAGAAAUUUAUCCUUCAAUUUGCUUUGGCGGCGCUCCUUUUUCAGUCCACUUCCGCCUCUCAAAUACAACACAGAGCGCCCCAGGUCACAGCUGCUCCCACCGCAAUCACCGCUCCAGCCGCCGUUCCCACCGCCAUUUCGGGCUGCCACUUGCACGAUACAGAAGUAUUCUGCCUGGCUGGUGAAACCGAGUACUCUAUCCACACUACAGCCACUGCCACCUCUGAGCUCCCCGCUCAGUUCACAGGAUGCCACUCUCACGAGGAUGCGCUAUUCUGUGUAAACCCAAGCGGCAAUGAUGUGGAGAUUUCACGAGUAAUCGAGGAAUCUGAACAAGGUCACGAUGACCACGACCAUGAUGAAGAUGAAGCGACGUCCUCUACCUCUACCAGUGAGAAGAAAUGUCACUUCCACGCUGGGGUCGAACACUGCACUGGUGGUGAUGAGCAUGAGGAGGAGAGUGCAACAUGCGAAAGGACCGACCGGGACUACAACAUUCGUCUCAGAGUCGGUCUCCUGUUCGCCAUGUUGGCAACCAGCUCCAUUGGUGUCUUCGGUCCCAUUCUGCUCUCCAACUUUGUCUCGCCAAACAAUGUCUUCGUCACCAUCCUUAGACAGUUCGGCACCGGCGUCGUCAUCUCGACUGCCUUCAUCCACCUCUUGUCUCAUGCUCAACUCAUGUUUGCCAGCGAAUGUCUGGGAGAACUUGGUUAUGAGGGAACAGCAGGUGCCAUCUCCAUGGCCGGCAUCUUUAUUUCGUUCCUUGCAGAGUAUCUCGGCGUUCGUGUCCUGCAGUGGCACGCCGCUAAAACGGAGGCACGCAACAUCGAGAACGGUGGAGAGAAAGGAGACUCGGCUCAGAGGGCCGAGAUGGUUAACAUACUGGUCUUGGAGUGCGGUGUUAUCUUCCAUUCUAUUCUAAUCGGUAUUACCUUGGUUGUUGCUGGCGACACCUUCUUCCUCACCCUUUUCGCAGUAAUUGUGUUCCAUCAAAUGUUUGAGGGUAUUGCGCUUGGUUCUCGCAUCGCAGCUCUCGGAACUCUCCCGCCGAUCAACGCGGCCUCCUCGGUCCACGGCCAUUCGCACCACGGUCACAGCCACCACGGCCACAGUCACUCUCACGCUCAUGAGGCUAAGCGCUCAAGUCUGCCUACUGAGUCCACCUCGCCAACGGGAACCGAUCAUGGAGUGGUCUCUGAAGACGAGUCAGCAAGAGUCACCGUCAUCAAGCCUGUCUCGCUCAAGAAGAAGCUCGUCCUGGCUUCUGGUUUCGCCUUGGUCACCCCUAUCGGCAUGGCCAUCGGUAUCGGCGUACUCAAACAGUUCAAUGGAAACGACCCUUCGACUAUUAUCGCUAUCGGCACCCUCGACGCCCUUUCGGCCGGCAUCCUUAUGUGGGUCGGCAUCGUCGAAAUGUGGGCUCAUGACUGGAUGCUGGGCGGCGAGAUGACUACUGCCAGUCCUCUCCGCACUUUGGCCGGCUUGACUGCCCUUGUUGCAGGUUUGGCUUUGAUGAGCUUGCUCGGGAAGUGGGCUUGA